CUGUGAGUAGAGGCAGCAGCAUACAGACGGGUUUCUGCUCCAGAGUUAAUCACGCUAUGCAUGGCUCACCAAAAGGUCACUUAUCCUGAAUGAAGCUCAGAUAAAGGUGGAUGACACUUGGAACCAUGGAGAGGUUCUCCUGUCGCUGCUUUGGUUGGAUUCUUCUAAGUUUUUGUCUGUUGGUAGAUUGUCAGCUUGAGAGAAACUUCACCUUCGGCAACUCAGCAUCGCCUCAACUCCACAAAAACCAAGCCGGGAAUCUACAGAAGAUCUGGGGACUUCAGACCAGGAGUGUGAAUCAGAACUCCAAAGUGCUCAAUAGCCCAUCCGGUCCUUUACCAAAGCAGGGACUUUGGGAAAUCCUGGGAGCUAACUCCAAGUUCAACUCCAACCCGUCGGUAAAGAUAAAGCUUCAGCCCCUCAUGAAAGUUCAAGAAUUAUCUAAAUUGUCAAGGUUGUUUAGCUGGGGUGACUUUUAUUCUAACAUCAAAACGGUCAAACUGAAUUUACUGAUAAUGGGGAAGAUUGUGGAUCAUGGCAACGGCUCUCUUGGCGUCUACUUCCAUCACAACUCCACAGGUGUUGGGAACGUGUCCGUCAGCCUCGUCCCACCUAUGAAAGAGUUAGGGUUUGACUUGGAGCGCCAGAGUGUGGUCCAUCCCAAGGAGUCCAAGACGUUCAACUGCCGUGUGGACUAUGAGAAAACCGAACGCAGCAAAAAGGUGAUGCUGUGCAACUACGAUCCAUCAAAGACGUGCGACCAAGAACAAACCCAGAGCCACAUUACCUGGAUGUGCUCCAAACCUUUCCAGGUCAUCUGCGUCUACAUGUCUUUCUACAGCACGGACUACAGGCUGGUCCAGAAAGUCUGUCCAGAAUACACCUCCCAGAGCCCAGCCUACCUGCCUACAGCGUAAACAUGGGACCAAGUGAGGACGAUGAUGGGAAUCGUCUUUUGAAAAUCCACAGAGGAAUGCAUUUUGAACAAGUGUGACUUUUCAAGACAUUCAAAACUUUGUUCUAGAAUACAUUUCAUCAAACACUGUAAUAUAUAUGUUUAGAUGUUGCCCGUUCAAAACUAAAUGACUGUAGCUGACAUUAGGUGAAACUAAAAGCAACCGGACUAAUCUGACAAUUAGGUGACAGACUAGUUUUACAACAUUUUACAAUGCUGUUAAUAAAUAACCUUCAUAGUAUCACUUUCUUUUCAGAUGCUGUUCAUGUUGCCUCUUCGCACUUUCAGUUUUGGUUGUCUGGUACCAGAUGUUUUCAGAACACUUUGUACCUGCUUUUGAAAUAGUUUUCUAUUGUCUGCUUGAGGUCACUAAGAGUUAUUUUUGUGUGAUCAGGGUUUAUAAGGUUAUAAGGUUUUAAUAUAGUGCUGUUAAAAUCCAUCCCUCUCUAAAAAUGUCUUCCGUCUUUACUUUUUGGGACAUUAAAACCAUCAAACUGAUUUUAAUAUAAAAUCUGGCCAGAGUAAAUAGAAAAGGCUGUUUUUAAAUGGUCAUUACCUUUAUUAAGAGGAUAAAAGUUUCCAAACUAACGAGCUCUUAUGUAAAGAAGUAAUUAGCACAACAUAACUCCUUAGCAGCAGCAACUGCUAUCAAGUGUUUGUAAUGAGUGACACUGAGUCUUUUACCGCUGUGGAGGAAUUUUGCCCCACUCUCCUUUGCAGAAUUGAUUUUAUUUUCGAGCAUCAACAGCUUGCUUGAGAUUAUGCAUCAGCAUCUCAAUUGGAUUUAGGUUUGAACUUUGACUAUGACACAAAAGCUUAGUUCUGGCUUGUGAGCCAUAAAUUAAGAAAAGCCGUUCAGGUCCUGAAGAAGCAAUCCCACACCAUCAUACUGCCACCACCCUGUUUAGCUGUUCUGGUUCUGAAAUUGUGUUAGUAUUACACUAGAUGUGACAAGAUGCACACCUUUAAAUAAGUUCCACUUUAGUCUCGUCAGUCCACAGAAUACCUUUCCGAAAGUCAUGGGGAUCAUCAAGAUGUUUUUUUUUGGUCAGCAGUGGUUUUUGUCUUGGAUUAGUCUCUUUCUUAUCGUUGAACAAUGAACUUUGACCUUAACCUAGGCAAGUAAGGUCUGCAAUGCUUUAAAUGUUGUUCUAACUUCCUUUGUGACCUCCUGGAUGAGUCGUCGAUUGACUUUUGGGAUAAUUUUGGAAGCCCCCCCCCCGAUCCUGGGAAGGUUCACCACUGUUACAUGUCUUCUCCAUUUGUGUUCAUGGCUAGUAAAAUUAAUCCAACGAAUGUGCUUGAUCACAGUUAAUUACUUUUUCACAUAGGGUCAGAUUGGUUUGGUUAGCCUUUGUCCCUUUAGUAAAUGGAAUAAGAUUAAAAAACAGUUUUUUGUGUUUACUUAGGCUAUCUUUGUCUAAUAUUAUAAUUUGCUUAAAAAUAUAUGAAAUAUUUAAAUGUGAGUGGAGUAAAUACAUUUUCACAGCACUGUAUUUAAUACUUAAAUACUAAGAGUAGCUAUCUUAAUACGCAGUGGUUAAUACCGGUACAAAUGCUUACAGGAGAAAAAUGGCAACGCUCAGGUAUGAAAUGGUGGGAACAAAUUGGUGAAGGUGCAAAUUGACUCGAAGCCUUUUUUUCCCUAAACAAAAGCCCCAUAAUAUAUAGAAAAAUGUAAUUAUGUAUUUAUUCCAACUGAAAUAACAGCUUUGAAUUACGUUUGUGGUGUUCAUGUCAAUUAGUCUCGACAGCUCUUUAAUUUUGGGGGUUGUAUGAGAAAACAAAUAAAC